GUCAAUAUACUGCUAGCAGAGACAAUAACAGGCCCGUGCCCAUCACAAGCAGCUGUUUGUGGAAGGUUGACCAGGCGACCUUUCGUAUGCCUUGCACUGCUGAACGCCUAAAGCCUCAAACAUAUUACUCUCAAAGAAUUUGAACGGAUCUGUCAGGAACUAGGUUGCUAACGCCUUCGUUGUUGAGCGCCGGGCGGCCAUGCCACUAACGGCAACGUGGACGGACCAGGAGGACGAGACGCUGCGAAAACUCGUCAAGGAGUAUGGCCCUAAGAAGUGGAGCGUGAUUGCGCAGAAGCUCAAGACAAAGGGUAGCAAACAGUGCCGACGUCGAUGGAAAAACUACCUCAAUGCUGACCUAAAAUCGGGCGGCUGGACUGCGGAGGAGGACCGCAUCCUGAUGGAGGGCCACCGCCUGUAUGGCAACAAGUGGACGGAGAUUGCCAAAAUGGUCGGCGGGCGGACAGACAAUGCGGUGAAGAACCGGUACGCCGCGCUCUGUAAGCGCGACAUGAGGGGCGGUGGCAACGUGCGGCGCGCGGCGGCGAUUGGCGGGGGCGGGGGUGGCGGUGGCGGCGGCGCCCGUGGCGGCCGGAAGGCCCGGCCCGCAAACUCGGACUCAGACAAUGUCAGCGACGUUGAGCUGGAUGACGACUCAGAUGCCGAGGACGAGGCAAAGCGGUCCUCGUCGUUCUCAUCAGACCGCAGCCGCGAACCCAGCCCCUCGCGAGGUAGCAAGGGCAGCCGCGGCGGGGCCGCGGAGGGCAGCACCCGCAGCCCUGCAACACGUGGCAGCGUCGGCGGGGCUGUGAGCCCGCGCGCUGCGGCGGGUGGCAGUGGCGGCGCGCGGGCCGGCAGCAUUCUGGGUCCCCGCCGACGAAGUGCGGCGGCCGCCUCCACCGAGGAGUCGCCGCCGCCGCAGGCCGAGCCCGACGAGGCGCCGGCGGCCAAGCGCCGUGCGCUGAUGAACGGCGGCGCGGCCGCAGGCGGCGUGCUUGCAAACGGCUCCAUGAACGGCAACGGGUACCAGCUGCCGGUGCCCACGCCACGCACGCCGCGCACGCCGCGGCUGCUCGCGCAGCUGCAGGAGGCGACUUUGGCAAACAACCUCCACCAGCACCAGCAGCACGCAGCCGUGGCGGCGUCGCGGGCGGGCGCCGGCGCGGGCCGGGGGUUGGUGGGCAGCGGUGGCAAGGUGGGCGCGCCGCCCAAGAAGCCGCCGGCGCUGACCAUCAACAUUCCCAACCCGUCGGCGGCGGACCCGAUGGCGCAGCCGCCACCCACGGGCAGCGGCGCGGGCUACGGCAUUGAGAUACGCGUGCUGCGGGACCUGCUGACGCCGCAGGAGAUCCAGUACGCGCGCGAGCUGAACGACAUGCAGCUGCCGCUGCACAUCAACGUGGACGACGACCCGCUCAUGGUGAUUGGCACCGGCCUGCACCCGCCCGGCGGCGUCAGCGCCGGCGGCCUGCCCACCACCGCUGGCGUGCUGGGCGGCGGCGGGGGAGCCGCCGGCGCCAGCGGCCUGAGCACCGGCAGCCUCAGUCACGGCGAGGCGCCGAUGACCACCGGCCGCCACGCGGCACACCACGCGCUGAACGCGCUGGUGUCGCCGGGCAGCGCGGGCGGCGCGCUGGCGGACUUCAAUGACGUGCUGCGCUGGUUCCAGACGGGGCUGACGCCCAAGAGCACAUACGGCGGCAGCGCGGGCGGGCUGGGCACGCUGGGCGGCACGCCACGCAACAUGCUGGGCAGCCUGGGCCGCACGGGCCUCACGCCGCGCGGUCUGCACACCAGCACCGGGCGGGGCGGGCACGACAGCGACGGCGGCGGACUGGGGAUGGGCACGGGCCUCACGCCCAGGGGGUUGCGGGGUGCAGGCGGUGGCGGUGGCGGCGGCAGCCCGUCCAGCGGCAGCGGCAGUGGGACGCCGCCGUCGGCCGAGCGGUUGGGACCCAAUGGGGCCGCAUUGGCGGGCACGCCCUCCAUGCGCACGCGGCGACAGAUAGCGGUGGCGGCGGCGGUGGCGGCGUCAGCGGGCCCGGGGCCUAGCUCCACCUCGCACGCGCAGCAGCAGCAGGGAGGGCCACAGGGUGCCUUCGCGGGUGCGGAGCUGCAUGCGGGGCACCGGCAGCUGCUGACCAAGCUCAUACAGAACGCGGCAGUGCCGUCGGAGACGCCCAAGCCCGGGGCAGCAGGGGACAGCGGCAACACCAUCCUCUCAGCUCGAGGGGAUCUCAGGGUGAUACCGCCCCCCUCGCCCGGUGUCUUCAGUCCCGGCUCGUUCCUCGCCACCUCCCGCGGCCCUGCGACGCGGAGCGCGGCGGCGCAGCAGGAACAGCAGCAGCAGACGGCGGAGCUGCAGCAGGCGGGCAGCGGCAGCGUGGUGGUGAUGCCGCAGUUCACACAGCAGGAGCUGCUCAUGCUGCUGGAGGUGCUACACAGCGACGACCUUCAGGCGCUGCCGCCACCGCCGGAGGCCUUCGCAUGAAGCCGUUGCUAGUUGUUGUGCUUUCGUGCGGUCGGCUGGGGUUGACAGCACUGUGCUGUCGUGUGAUGUGGUGCGCCCGGGCUGGUUUUGGGGGGUGAGUCCGGCACACGCGAACGGUGCCAUUGUACCGGUGUGUGUGUGCGUGUGCGUGUGUGUGGGUGUGGGUGUGCGGGGCGGAUCCGGAGGCUGACGCUUGGACCUGAUGACAGCAGGUUGUGUCCCCGACGGGGUGGGGCUAGGCUGGGGCAGAUUGCAUAGCCAUCCGUCGGCCAGCACACCAAGGAGUUGCUGGCCACGUGUGUCGGGGCCCUUGUGACAUUGACAAUUGCCAGACCUGACCCACAUGACAGGCAGGUGUAGCUUUAGGGGCGUGGACUGCGAGACACAGCCGCAACGCUCUCUGGUUUGGAUAUGACAGCACUGGCGGCCAGUGUCGGGCCGUGUAUGCAGGGGAAUGGUGUGAACCCGGGAUGUCAGAGGAGGUACUCGUGUUCCAACGUGCAACUGUAUGUAUGGAGCGUUUGGAUGCGGGUGCCGCCGAGACUACCCCCUUCAGACAUAGGGUGUUUGCCUCGUACGUAUAUCUGAGACAUGUUGAACCGUGUGUUCCCGCAACAAUGCCCUGAAGGGCAUCUUAAAUGGAAACGAGUGCGAUUGGGUAGACCUGAUGCUGUGCAUACGAUAGUGGCACGUCCUACGUCGGCAAAGCACCCUCCUACGCUGUAAUAAGGAAAGUCU